UGGUACUAAAUAUAACAGCAUCCUGGCUAAUUGAUAUAGUUGAUUAUCUACAAAAAAGACGCCUUAUUUACUAAAAUGUUAUCUAAGUCACGAGUGACAAAAGACAUUUUAGUAUUAUCUGUAUGUGUGUCUACAAAAUAUCAACAACAAAACCAGUAUUACAACGAUAUAGUCGACGAGACGCUUGAUAUACUAGUCAGUCAGAAAUAAUCUCGUAUCAAGACCGGUUGCGUACAAUAAUGAUUGCAUUUACGUUGGUUGUAAUCGUUCUCGUCGCGUUAUAUUACUAUAGUACCAGAACUUUCAAAUACUGGCAAGAAAGAGGUAUUAAACAUGACAAACCUAUCCCUAUGUUUGGAAAUAACUUGAAGAAUUACCUGAUGCAACGGAGCAUGACUCAAAUUGCCGUGGACAUGUACUGGAAAUACCCAAACGAAAAAGUUGUUGGAUUCUUUCGAACUACCAGACCCGAACUGGUAAUAAGAGAUCCUGAAAUUGUGAAACGGAUCCUCACAAAUGAUUUUGCUUACUUUUAUCCGCGAGGUCUGAACCCACACAAGACUGUGAUAGAACCAUUAAUGCGUAAUCUCUUCUUCGCGGAUGGAGACUUAUGGAAACUGUUACGACAACGAAUGACCCCAGCUUUUAGCACUGGCAAACUGAAGGCUAUGUUCCCGUUAAUCAGUGAUCGAGCUGAACGACUUCGGGCUACUCUUACAGCUGCUGCCGAAGGUAAUGAUAAUCGAGCACUAGAUGCACGUGACAUCAUGGCGCGUUAUACCACAGACUUCAUUGGUUCAGUGGGCUUUGGUCUCGACUCAGACUCUCUUUCAAUGGAAAACUCUGCAUUUAGAAAAUUGGGAUAUGAUAUUUUUAACAUAACAUUUCCAGAAUUUUUAGUAGCGAUAUUAAAGGACCUUUUUCCUGAAGCGGCAAAACAUUUGCAUUACAUGUUUAAAACUGAGAAAGAACUAAUGAAUCUUGUCGAUGAAAUUCAGAAACAGCGGAACUAUGAACCUUCGGGUCGAAAUGAUUUUAUAGAUUUACUUUUAGAGUUAAAGAAAAAAGGAACAAUUGUAGGUGAGUCGAUAGAAAAGAUAAAGCCCGACGGUACAUCGGAGGAAGCCUUAUUAGACAUGGAUGCGGAACUCAUUGCAGCUCAAGUGUUUGUGUUCUUCGCCGCGGGCUUUGAAACUUCGUCGUCAGCCACUAGUUUUACUUUACAUCAACUUGCUUUCCAUCCGGAAGUCCAAAAGAAAGUUCAGAACGAAAUAGACAAAGUGCUCGCACAACAUAAUAACGAACUAAGCUACGAUGCUAUAAAAGAGAUGAAAUAUUUGGAGUGGACAUUCAAAGAGGGAAUGAGAAUGUUUCCGUCGCUUGGAUUUCUCAUUCGAGAAUGCGCUAAAAAAUAUACGAUCCCCGAAAUCAAUGUAACAAUUGACGAAAGGACAGGGAUAAUAAUACCACUACAAGCACUGCACAAUGACCCACAAUAUUUUGAGAAACCAGAAGAAUUUCGACCAGAGCGUUUCCAUCCUGAUGAAUUUGAUUCUAAGGACAAGAAAUUUGUAUAUUUACCUUUUGGUGAGGGACCACGAGCUUGCAUUGGUGCCCGCCUAGGUCUGAUGCAGUCCAUAGCAGGUCUCGCUGCAAUACUAUCAAGGUUCACAGUGGAGCCAGGCCCUACAACCUUAAGGCAUCCAAUGAUAGAGCCAAAGUCUUCGAUAGUACAGAGCAUACGUGGUGGAUUGCCGCUUAUAUUUAGAAAAAGACAAUUAACUUAAAAUUUAUUGAUGUGUUUGAAGCGACGAAGUUCUUUUCGAGAGAGUACACUAAUUUUGUUAUUUGUUUCACCAACUGAAAAUACUUGGCUUAUACUUGGUCAUUCCACUAACAAAAGGAUAUUCAUAACGUAUGUCAAUGUAAAUGUUAUAUAAGUUAUAAAUAAAGCAGUUCUAAUUAUUAUCGUAUUUUUUAUAUUGACAAAUGACUUUUUGUAAUGUAUAGGUACUUUUUAUUGUGUGCAACAAAUUGUCUAAUUGUUGCAAAAAAUUGCAAACGCGCUGCUAAAAGUCGCCCGUGUUACCGUGAUUGCGUCAUAUUUAGUCAAAUUACUAAGAAAAAACCCUAUUGCAAAUUACGUUAUGAACUUCUCCUGUAUAAGUUUUAGCUUCUUGCAUGUAAUGUAGCCAAGAUUCACAUUAAUUUUAUUAAUGAUAACAUUAAAAUAACAUUAUUUUUAUUUAUAUAUAUAAAUUCAGUUAAAUUUUGGCCUAUUGGAACUAGAAAAUAAA